AUGAACACUGAAGAAAGCGGCAUAAAAAAAAUCAAAAGACGGAAGCAUAAGCAGUCAAGUAAAGAAUCUGUAAAACGCUCGGGCAUUCAUAAUCAGGGAAAUGCUGUCGUGAACCCGUGCGAUUCGGAAACGCCUGAACCGGCAAGUCUCAAAAUUAAUGAAGGUUCUCAAACUUCAGAGGAAACAGUAGACAUUGUUGAUAUUUCCAAUAAGAAAGCUCCACAAUACACCGAACAAGAAAUUAAGGAGCGCUUUCCCACAGUCGAUGAGUUUCUUCGUCGGCAAAGAUUAAUUCGACUUGGACACGUUCUAGCUGCAGAUGGGACAAUUAUAAAAAGACGCAAACCACGGGCGGGGUUCGAAGGAACACGUGCUGCCAUAGAAGACAGGAUACUAAGUCUACCGAAACGCAAAGCUCUGAGGGAAAAUGAUAAAAAAAAGAAGAAAACAAAGGAUAUUAGUGCGCUGUUAAACACACAUUGUUACUUUCGUGGAGUUAGUAAUGAAGAACAGGAUUCUUCCUCGAUAACUGAGAAACCAAAUAGCAGACUUCACCAAUCAACUGGGACGAAUAGGGAAAAAUGGCUUAUAAUGGUACCGUUGGGAUUCGCAGUCUGUGUGAAGAGCAACGGAGGAAAUACAAAAGUCUUAUGGACAAUGGACUCAUCGCGCUAA